CGGGGAGGAGCCGAAGGGACAGGAUCUGCUGAGGACCGGUUCUGGUGCAUUCCAGCAUGGCUUCGGCCUCCUCCGGACACGGAGCCGGCUUGUUGCGUUUUCUGCGGCUGGUGGGGCAGCUCAAGAGAGUCCCACGGACAGGCUGGGUAUACAGGAAUGUGGAAAAACCAGAGAGUGUGUCAGAUCACAUGUACCGGAUGGCGGUUAUGGCUAUGGUGACCAGAGAUGACCACCUUAACAAGGAUCGAUGUAUACGCCUCGCCCUGGUUCACGAUAUGGCAGAAUGCAUCGUUGGGGACAUAGCACCAGCAGAUAACAUUCCCAAAGAAGAAAAGCAUAGGCGAGAAGAGGAGGCUAUGAAACAGAUCACCCAGCUGCUGCCAGAGGACCUCAGGAAGGAGCUCUAUGAACUCUGGGAAGAAUAUGAGACCCAAUCUAGUGCAGAGGCCAGAUUCGUGAAGCAGCUGGACCAGUGUGAAAUGAUCCUUCAGGCAUCAGAAUAUGAAGACAUGGAGAAUAAACCUGGGAGGCUUCAAGACUUCUAUGAUUCCACAGCAGGAAAAUUCAGUCACCCUGAGAUAGUCCAGCUUGUUUCUGAACUGGAGGCAGAGAGAAAUGCCAACAUAGCCUCGGCUUCUGCAGAACCAGGCUCCUGAGUGCACCUCGCGACUCUGCUGCCCUACUUUCUUCUUUGCUUCAUGGGAACGUGUUUUUCUACUGUGGCUCUGAAGAUUUCCCAAGAUGAGAAUCUAUCUUCCAUUGUCUGGACUUGAGCAACAAGUAUGAUAUAACCCCGGUCCUAAAAGAAGCCACCAAACUGGAAGUGGUCAGGAAGAUGCCAUGGGCGAAGACUGGAAAGGAGAAUGCUUGUUUUGUGAAUUAAAUAAAUAUUAAACACUCCAGACUUUGGCUUCUGUUUUGGAUGUCUUCAACUACCUUCUUUAGGCUUGGUUAUUAGCUUAUAUUUUUGAAGAGCAGAUUAAUUGGAAGAUAGAACAUUUAGUUAUAAUUACUUUUUAAAUGUUUAUUUAUUCAUUCAUUCAUUUGGUUUUUCGAGACAGGGUUUCUCUGUGUAACAGCCCUAGCUGUCCUGGAACUCACUCUGUAGACCAGGCUGGCCUCAAACUCCCAGAGAUCCUUUUGCCUCUGCUUCCUGAGUACUGGGAUUAACGGCAUGUACAACCACUGCCCAGUUAAUUAUAAUGACUUUUCAGAACAGAUUCUUCUUCUUCGGGUGCAGCGGUGAGUUACUACUGUGUGUAGUAGUCCUGUGCCCUCACCCAGGUGAGAUGAUCUUGAGGCCAGAAUCUGUUGCUGUUUGAGAGGUGGUUUCAUUCUGGCUGGUCCAAGCCCUCCUAGACUCUUCUCCUCCCCAAGUAUUAGCAUGUGGCACCAUGCCCAUCUUGAGCCAGAUGUUUAAUUUUCUGUGUGUUAUAGAUUUUUCAAGCCUGCUCACAGUCUGUCCUCCUUCCCAGUGCAUCAUCAUCUGAGGAUGUAUUUUAGGGCAUACUAUUAUACUAUUUCCAAUGCCAGCCAGGUGGUGGUGGCGCACGCCCUUAAUCCCAGCACUCGGGAGGCAGAGGCAGAUGGAUCUCUGUGAGUUCAAGGUCAACCUGGCCUAUAAGAGCUAGUUCCAGGACAGCUAGGGCUGUUAUACAGAGAUGAUGUGGGAGUGUCAUAUAUCAAUCUGUUGAUUUCAUUGGUUAAGUAAUAAAGAAACUGCUUGGCCCUCAUAGGUUAAAACAUAGGUGGGUGGAGUAAACAAAACAGAAUGGUGGGAGGAAGAGGAAGUGAGCUCAGACACGACAGCUCUGCUCUCUGGAGCAGAGGCCAUGCUCCCCUCUCCCAGGCAGACGCCAUGAAGCAAGCUGCCAGGUCAGACAUGCUAAAUCUUUCCUGGUAAGACUGAUGCUACCCAGAUUACUAAAAAUGGGUUAGGCAAAAUAUGAAAAUUAGCCCGUAAGAGGUUAGAGCUAGUGGGCCAAGCAGUGUUUAAAAAAAUACAGUUUGUGUGUCGUUAUUUUGGGGCAUAAGCUAGCCAGACUACCAGGAGCUGGGGCGGCUGGAACACAGCCCACAGCUCCUUCAAC